UGGUCAGUGUAAUGAAUCCAGUGUGAUCCAUAUCUGCUGUCAGUUGGGCACAGUGGUUCAGUAGACUCCUAGUGGAGACAGAGUCCUGGGAAGGGUGUGUUCUGACUGAUACCACCCACACUGCCUCUUACUUUCUCACACUUGUAUUUUCUCUCUUUCAUCAAGUAUAAAGAAGGGAGGUGGAUCUGUGGCAGCCCUCAGUGUACCUGAAAACAGCUGGCAAGUUAUCAUUAGCCUCCAUUUGCACGGACACAGACAAGGACUUCUAUUUUUCAAGGGUUUUUUUUAUUAUUUAUUUUUCUCUCACAAUCAUCACAUUCUCAUACAGAACCUAGAAUGUGGAAUGUAUUUCAGUUUCUCACCUCUGGAUUAUUGGCUGUUAUCAGUCCAGAUGCAUCUCAAGUUGAGUAUCGUUCUUGCAGCUAUGCUGGUGUGUUUCAUGUGCGGGUCAGUUCCAAUUACUCGCUGACCUCUCAGCAGGCGGAUGAGCUGUGUCAGAGCCUGUACAGCAGCCUCGCCACCGAGGACCAGAUCAGAGAGGCCUAUAGCAAAGGGCUGGAUACGUGCAGGUAUGGAUGGAUUAAUGACGAGAGAAUGUUAAUGCUACAACAUGAACUUCAGCCAGACUGCCCUUCCAAUGGAACAGGGGUGAUGUUUCUUGCAGACACACCAGAGUCUCUCUCUGAUGCCUACUGCUAUGAUACCUCAGUUACAUUAGAUUUGGAUUGUGAAGAAGCCAUGGCUCCUCAAUCUGUAACUCCACCAGACACACAGACAACUGAAGAGUCUACUGCAGCAGUAACAUCUAAUCCUGGUCCUACUGACAGUGUAAUUGAAAAGGCCACUACAGAUUCUUCAGAAGGGGACGACCUUGAGACCAAAAACCCAACUGUACAGACAGACACAGAAACAACCCCUGAUGCAAUAGAGCCAAUUCCUGAGGUCCAGACUCCCACAGGUGAUCCUGAGGAUAACAAGGAGGACACCACAACGCCUUCCAAAUUAAUCCCCACUGAUGCUGAUGAGGUAAUGGAGGCCAUUGGGGUACCUGUUGAGCCAACCACUGAAGAACCCACGACCGUAACCAAGGAGGGAAAAGAAGAGGCUGGGGAUGCAACAACUGAGGCCAACUCAGAGGACAGUGAUGGCACUGACGCUGCUGUGGGCACUGACACUGCUACCACUGACACUGCUACCACUGACGCUGCUACCACCAGUCUUGACGACACCACUACAAAUAGUGACCUGGAACUUCCUGUAUCUGAGGAUGCAGAUGAUUCGUUUCUACUGGUGAAUGGUACAAAGUCAGCAGACGUCUCCACCACCACGGCCCCUGCUGGAACUUUGGAGCCAUCUGAAGUGAACCCCUCCAAGCAAGAUGAAGAUGAAGCCCUUGCACUCUCAACCGUUAGUCCAGUGGAGGGCACCACGGCCGAUACUGACACAUUUACAACUUCUGAGUCUGAAGAUACCAAUGCAGAAGGCAAUCCAGACAGCAAGGAAGACAGCACCACUGUAGUGUCCCCCGAUGAUGUGCCAGAGACCACCACAGAGACUCCUGCUGACCCAGAUGAUGUGCCAGAGACCACCACAGAGACUCCUGCUGACCCAGAUGUUGACUUGAAGGAGGAAAUUCCAAAUGGAAAUAACAUCAGCUAUGGUCUUCCUUCUCCAAGAGGUCGGAUGGGACCAAAGGACAUUGAGUCAUUCACUGCACCAAACCCAGCAGCUCAAGAGGAGGGUGGCACCCCUGCCUGGCUGAUAAUCUUCUCAUUUGUCAUGUCCGUUGGAGUCUUGCUCUGUGUGUUUGCUGCUGUUGGCACCAGGGAAAGCUGGUAUGGACCGCUACGUCAGAAAGUCAGAGGCAAGGACAGCAGUGAGGAAACUGAGAAAAAAGCAGCAGUGUCUUUGUCUACGGACCAGCAACAGGAAAUGGUGACGCUCAUGAACAGAGGUCCAGUCCAGACGAACGGCAGGGCAGAAGAGUUCACUGUGAUUGCCCUGGAGGAGCCCCCAGAGAAAGAGUUCUUGGCAUGAGAAGGGAUCCACAGGAGCUGGGACAGACAGACAGACAGACAGACGCACACACACACACACACACACACACACACACACACACACACAGACACACACACACAGACACACACAGACAUGCUAAUGGAGCAAAGACAACAAGUGAACAGUGAAGUACGAUGUCAUCAAACCCAGUAACUGUAGAAAUGUGCACAUGGGUAACAGUUCUGGAAAUCCCUUGUUGUGCAGCGGGGCAUCAUCUUACAUGUGCAUAUUUCAAUAUUAGUGGUCAAAAUGUCAAGUUCAAUUACUAUUUAUGUUUCAGAAUCGAUCAAAUGGAAAUAUGAUUAUGAAUGAAUAACAUUAAAUGUUACAGUGAAUUGUUAAAUGUUUGAAUCACCUUAUAAUCUCUUAAUAUUCAAGAUUCAGGCAAAAUCACAAGGGUUUCCAUGCAGAAGUAUUGAUAAAUGCCUGAUGAUAUUGUAUUGAUGAUAAGUAUUGAUAAAUGCACAUGAUGGCAGAGGUUCUCAAUCCUGUUGCCGGGACAACCCUACUCAGCACAUUUUCAUCUUUCCCUGCUUUGCUUACCCUACCGGAGGCCUCUUCAUUAGCUCAACACAGUUGCAAUCACGGUGCAUAUAAGGGUUGCCAUAGCAGGGACAGAUGGAAGAUAUACAGGGUAUGGGCAUGGAAAACCCUGCAUUAUUAGUUAUGUUCAUACCUAAUAUCUUUUCUGUGCUGUCAUCAGGACAUGCCUUCAGGAAUCUUCGGUCACUGUGCAUACAGUAUGUAAAGCCAUACUAAUGUUUCUCUUUAUUUAACAAAUUAUUUGUCUAACUGUGUAUUUGUUUUAAUUUAUAGUAUACAACAUAAGAUGCACUGAACUAGAGAAGAGAUUUUUGACAAUAAAUGUUUGUUUC